CACUGCAAUACAAGUGGGCUAUCAGCCCCAGCGGCCCAUGGCCAGCCCAGCCCAGCCCAGCCAGCACCGCCUCGUCGUCUCGCAUCGGCGGGGGCAUCACCACCGGCAUUGUGCCGGCCGUUGCCAUGCCGCCGCUGACCGCCGCCGACGAUUUCCUCAUUCUCGAGUUCAUCGCAGGCAACCGCCGCAUCCCCUACGCCGUGUUCGACUCCCUCCUCGCCUGCCUAUCCUCACCCUCCGCCAUCCACCGCACCUCACAGCGCCUCCGACAAGCCCUAGUGCUCCGCGCCCUCGACGCAGCCCUCCUCACCGAGGGAGCCUCCAGCCUCGUCCUCUACAAGGCGCGGAAGGUCCUCGCCGACCCCGACGCAGCCGCCUGCUUCCCCCACCAGAUCUCUGUUACAGACAAUGAAGAGAACGACGAGGCUAGGGCCGCGGCCGCGGUGGCCGAUCUCAAGCGCCUCCUCGACCUUGAGUGGGCCAACCUCCCGCCCUCCACGCUAGAGCGCGCCGCCGACAGGAUCGCCGGGGACGGGGCUCACCAGACGUGGGCCGCCGCCGACCACAUCAAACGUACAAAGCUUCGCCUGCUCGUAGGGGAGUCGACGGAGCAUGAGAUUUUAUCUAAGGCUGUGCAGGAUGGAUCUGCUUCUCAUCAACCAAUUGUGACGGAAGUUGCUGACAAUGUGAGCAAUGCCAAUGAUGCUGAUGGUGCUCAACGAGAUGAUGAGGCCCAUUCUUCUAAUGAAAACAGUGAGGCUGAUCGUGGUCAAGAAGGUAUGGCUGGGCACCAAAAUGCAUCAGUUAAAGGAGGAGAGGGUCAAGUUUCAGAGAAGUCUGUCCCAGCUUCUAAAAGGUGCAGUCUUAUGGAGAGAAAUCCCAAUGCAAGUACUUAUGAGUGGGAUAGUUCUGAUGAUGAUCAGCCAGUACGGAAGCGCAAAUUACAUCGUUUUGAGAGAACUUCUACAUGUGCACAUAAGAUCAGAAAGAAGUGGAGUGAGAUAGAGGAAAAAACCUUGCUGGAAGGGGUGAAGAAGUAUGGCAAAGGCAAUUGGAAAGAUAUCAAAUUAGCUUACCCUGAUGUCUUUGAGGAGAGAUCAACGGUAGAUCUGAAGGACAAGUUCAGAAAUUUGGAAAGGCACCACCAUGAAUCGGCAUCGGCUUGAGGCCUAGUGACCCUGCGCUUUUGCUCUGCUCUGUAGAUAUUUUGUGUUUCGUGUUGUACUGAACCAAGGACAUUGUUGACUUGUUGAGUGAUCAAAGAUAACUAACUAGCUGGAACCCCACGUGUUGCCGCUGGCGAGCACAACUCGAGCACACAUUUGGCUCGAAAUGCAUCAUGAGAAGAUAGAACUAUGGUAUUGGCGGAAUCUGAUCCAAUGGCCACUGUAACUCGAAUUGAAAAUUUAAACCAUUGGCGCUACAUUGAGUCAUUGACACACUAUUUGUUCAUGAAAUUCAAUAUGUGGUUUGCUCCA